AUGAAGGAGUGGGAUCAUUGUACUGCUACAUUCUUUGCACGCCUUCAAUUAGAAGGAUCUAACAAGUCAUCAUCCCCCAAAUUAUCAUCAUCACGAGCAUCUCAGUCUUCUGUGCUGAAUUCUGGUGAAGCUAAUAGUUCAAGUCCUCUGCAUCCUCAACCGCUUAAUGUGGCCCCCAUCAGCUGGUAUUCAUCGACACCAGAUAUCAAUGCUGGUUCAGUCUCAGUUGAAGCUAUAACUUUGCCGUCCAAGCGUAGCAACUCUCAGCGGCAUGGUGGGGGUCAGCCUGCAGUGGUUUUUUUUUCUGCUUGUCCAGCCAAAGAGGAGUGGGACAAUCUUAUAAAUCAUGCUAACGGCGGGGUUACCCUUACUGGAUCGGCUUUGUAUGGAAAGGUUGGGCCAUUCAUGGGUUCAGUUGAUAUAGCUGAAUCUGAAGAUGCUUAUGUCUUCCGUGUUUCACUUCCCGGUGUUGCUAGGGAUGAACAAGUCUUUCGCUGUGAUGUUGGACCAAAUGGGAGAAUUCUCAUAAGAGGGGUGCGCGUGACCGGAGAGAGUAAGGUUCGCAGGAAGAAUAUGGUCUUUAAGAUGCAAACUCAGAACUUAUGCCCACUGGGUGAAUUUACUGUUUCAUUCCAGCUACCAGGUCCAAUUGAUCAUCUAAACUUGUCUUGUAAUUUUGGACCUGACGGGAUUUUUGAAGGCAUUGCGAAGAAAAAACAGCAGGUCCUUUAAGGUCCAGUGAAAUAUUUAGAUCAAAAUCCUUCAUCUCUAUGGUAGGGAGAAGCCAAAUUUAGAAGACCAGGAGCAAUGCUGCAGUUGAUUCCGGGUUCUUUGUGCAGCUUUUAGCCUUAUUUUGCAUCAUGCUUUAGUUCUUUUGUGUGUGUGCCGUCUUGUUGGUUCCAUCUUUAAGACUUACUAAGGGUGUGGCUACCCGAACUUAGCCACUUCUACAGAAUUGUAAAAUUGGGCUCGAACUAAUAGAUUUUGACUUUUGUUA